CUAGUUCGCCCACUAUGACGAUCGCCUACAGCUGCAUUGCAAAUGGCCGAGCGGUCCUAGCGGAGCUGACCCUAACCGGCGGCUCUUAUCAGGAAGCAGCGGCAACAGUGCUUAAACUAGUGCUUCUUAGAGCUGAACCAAAGACCAUAAUUCAAAUGGGAAGCUUUGUCUACCAUACUCUCUUUAUUGACGGAAUCACUUACCUAUGUGCCUCAGACAAUGCCUUAGAUACUGUAACACCAUCUGCAUUUCUUAAAAAUGUUAGUGAGACUUUUCUGAGAAAUCCUUUGAUGUCACAAGAACAUUUUUCUCCGUCAAAUGCAGUUGCUACAGAUUUUCAACAAGUAUUAGGAAAGUAUAUGAUGAAAUACAAUAAAAAUCAAGAGGACAGCUCGAUAUCCGCACUGAAGAGUCAAGUAACUGAUGUAAAAUAUGUUAUGACCCAAAAUAUCGAUAAAAUUUUGGAAAGAGAAGAAAGAUUGAAUAUCUUCACUGACAGAACAGAUGAUCUGCAAACAACUGCCAAAGAAUCCCAAAAAACAAGAAAGAUUCUUGGGAGGAUAUGGUGGAAACACUUCAAAAAGAUUAUAGUCAUCACCAUGGCCCUUCUCCUUUCAAUCAUCAUCAUUCUUUUAAGUACAAAUGUAAUACCAACUUGA